UCAAUGAAAUCUGUUUCCCAAUUUUGCCUAAGAUGAUUCCACUUCUCAGAGAAACUAUCCCAUGGGUUUUCAUGGGUGGAAUGUUGGAGAUGAAAGGGAUCUGAGAACUUGGAGGGACUUUGGAAAGCACUUAAACCACCCCUCCAUGUUACAGAGAAGGAAAUUAAGACCUGGAAAGCUUAAAUGAUUAGCUAGUUAGCUUUGUGGGAAGAAGAGAUGGAAAAACUUAACCACUUACCACAUGGAUGUCAGAGAAAAGAGGGAAGUGGUCUGGUGAGUGUCCGGAAAACAAGCCUCCUCCUGAAGGCUUGCCUGGGGCUUUGGGGGCCGUCUCUCCUCUCUUGAAGCUACAAAGCUUAGAACGAUUAGCUUGCAAAGUUCAGCCCUUUCCUACUUCCUUUUCCUGUUUCUACCGCUGAUAUUUGGAGUUUUAAACCAAGAAGGAGAAUCACAGCAUGUUUUCGCUGAGUUUCUGGGCUUCAUCUCUGCUAACUGUACUCCACAUCUGCGAAUGCGUUGACACUCAAUCCCUGAUCAUAGAGCAGCCCUUAAACUUGGUGACAGCAGUCAUUGGAGGUUCAGCAAUACUGCCUUGUAGACUGAAAGGUAUAUUCCCCGCUGGGCCGGUGAAAUGGUUUAAGGGGACCAAGCCUGAUAGGCAGUUCAUCUUCAGUGACAAAGAGUCAAGCCCCCGGGUUCACAAGAUAAAUAACACAAACUCUGUCUGGGACAUCUGCAUACACAACAUUACUAUCCAGGAUGAAGGAACGUACUACUGUGUCAAAUUCAGGAAAGAUCCUUAUGGAGAAUUACAGUCUGGGAGUGGUACCUUCCUCAGCAUAGCCGGAAGCCCAGGUUCAUCACCAUCAUCAUCAUCAUCAGUUGUCCUCACAGCUGCCAUAGCUGUAUCUCUGGUCCUAAUCUUCAUUCUUUUAGUACUCUGCUACUACUUCAAGAGGUCAAAAGGUCCAAGCCCAUGUUUGGCCAGGUUAAAAGCCUCAAAGACGAAUCAGUCACAGAAAGAGCCCUCGAAGAACAAAGAGAUCGUAUAUGCGGAUCUCCACCUUAGGAAAGACCACCCUCCGAGGAGCCCAGUCCCGGAGCCCGGUCUCCGCUCCGAGUAUGCUACUAUCCACAUCUAGUAACUAGGUGCAGCGGAAGCAGCCCUGAGGAGGACGGAAAGAAGGGCUUUCAGGAAACCCUGAGGACUCUCCGGCUCCCGUCCGAAAGCUGGUGAUUCUUUCAGCAACCUGAAAAAAGAGCCACGGCGACCCGUGAGCACUAGGACACUCACUGGGGCAGGACAAGCUGUGGACCAGGCCCAAUUACUAGUAUCAGGGACUUCAUCCCCUUCUCUGGUCCCAAUUUCCUCAUCUGUAAAAUGGGAUAAUAACUCCUCAAUUUCUUACCUCACAAAGCUCAAAUGAGAUAACAAGAAUCCUUUGUCACCUAUAAAGCCCUAUAUCAACAAUGACUCUCCCUUCUGGAAAAAGAUGUAUUAGUGCUGACCUGGGAGUCGCUCCUCAACUUCCAGCAGGCACUGAAUAUGAUGUUCCUCUUAUUUAAUGGGAGUACCAGAUCUCCUCGGAUCUUUUGGCCCUGGACUAGAACCGUGGUGUCCAGCUUGCCACUAAGCCGUGCAGAAGGAUCCCUGCUGGCUGCAUAUUUACUUAGUUUUAAAAUGUAAUGUUAUCUUUGUUUUAUUGUAUUUUUGUUUAGUUGGUUAAAUAUUUCACAAUUACAUUUUUCAUCUGCUUCAGGCCACCCUAGGAGGUGAAACCUCUGGCUGAGGUCCCUGAAAUGACACCAAAAAUGCUCUUGGGUAUUGCUCUAGGAAGAGAAAUGCUUGGUAGAGGUUGGCAGGAUAGAGACAAGAGGGGAAUUCUUAGCUCAAUAAUGAAUUUGCCAGUCUAGCACCCGGUUGAACUAUUGAGCACAAAUGAUCCAUAGGCCAACAGGGGAAUCCCUAGGCAACAUACAAAACUAUCAAUAAUAAAUUCUACAUGGAAACAAUUGAGUCUUUAACAACAAUCCCAAAUAUAUAAAACAACCAGAGGCAGUCUGGUGUAGUGGAUAGAAAGCUAGCUUCAAAGCCAGAAAAAUGUGGAUUCAAGUCCCAUCUCCACCACAUAUUUGGCUGUGUCUUCUAAUUCUCUAGGAGAGUACAAUCAUUAGUCAAUAAAUAAGCAUUUAUUGAGUGUCUAUUGGGUGCCCAGCUUUGUAGGGGAUAAAGGAAAGGAAAAGACGUCUGACUUCUAAGGGGUUCUGGACAUUCCUCUAAAACUAUUAUCAACUUUAUUUAUUACUAUUAUUUUUUUUUCUCAACAGUAUUUUACUUUUCCAAUUAUAUGUGAAGAUAGUUUACAACAUUCAUUUUUUGCCAGAUUUGGGGUUCCAUUUUUUUCUCCCUCCCCAAGAAAACAAACAAUCUGAUAUAGGUUACGUACGUACAAUCAAGUUAAACAUAUUUCCAUAUUAGUCAUGUUGUCUCACCACUAUUUUUAUCUGCUUUCGGUCAAAGGAGCUCCCCCCGAGAACACAAUGAUAUGGCUUGUUUAAAAAGUAAAUAAAUAAAGCAUGUAAGAAAUCCCAUA